AUGACGAUUGAGGAACUUGUCGUCCGUCUUCGUAUAGAAGAGGACAACAAGGUGGCCCAAAAAAGCACCAUUUUGCAAGCUUCGGCUAAGGCAAACAUGGUGGAAGUUGGGGAGUCCUCAAAGGGCAAGAAAGGCAAGGGUAAAAACAACAACAAAGGGAAAGCAAAGGUUAACAACCUUGGACCGAAAAAGGGGGCUGUGAAAAAGAAGCCUACGUCUUUCCAAGGACAAACACAUGCGCCUUCAUCAAGAGCGGUUGAUGAAGCCGGUCCAAGUUCGUCUUCAUGGUUAGAUGAAGCAGGACCAAGUUCAUCUACUAGGUUAGAUGAAACUCAUGAGCGACCUGAGGUCGAGGAGGGUGAGCUUAGACGAAGUAAACGACAAAGGGUUGAAAAAUCUUUUGGUCCAGACUUCAUGAGCUACAUGGUUGAGGGUGAGCCCAAUACCUACCGCGAGGCGGUUACCUCCGCAGAAGGACCUCAAUGGCAAGAAUCGGACGAUACGAGUAUAGCUCGAAGUCCAAUUGAUAAUACCCAACGCCUAAGGAAGAAUAGAGGCGAGAGUGAAUGGUUCCCCUGGCUAGUUCCGACCAUAUUCAUUAUCAAUGUAGCCCUCUUCAUAUUAUCCAUGUAUAUCAACAACUGCCCCGCCCAUUCCCGGAGUUGCGUUGGCAUUCAAAGCCUUCAUCGGUUUGCCUUCGAAAAUAUCCACGAAAACCCCCUUCUCGGCCCUUCCACCUCGACGCUGCUACAAAUGGGAGCUUUGGAUGCAAAUAAAGUGUUUCAAGGACAACGAUGGCGGAUCUUUACGUGUAUGUGGUUGCAUGCUGGCGUGUUCCACAUCUUCACGAAUAUGUUGAGUCUUCUCAGUGUCGGAAUUCGCCUCGAGCAAGAGUUUGGAUUUGCGAGAAUCGGAUUACUAUAUAUAGUAUCCGGAAUCGGUGGUAGUUUAUUGUCAUCGUUGUUUAUCCGGAAAACGAUCUCUGUUGGUGCGUCCGGAGCCCUAUUCGGUUUGCUAGGAGCAAUGCUUUCCGAAUUACUUACCAAUUGGGCUAUUUACGCCAAUAAGGUGGCAGCAUUGGUGAUGCUCGUUCUCAUGAUCCUCAUGAAUCUGUUGGUCGGGAUCCUCCCACACGUAGACAAUUUUGCGCAUAUAGGAGGAUUUAUCACAGGGUUUUUUCUGGGAUUUAUACUUUUGGCUCGACCACAACUCGAUUGGAUUGUUCCUCCUGGUUACUAUGGGCACCCGAUGAAACCACAAUACAAGUUAUAUCAAUACGUCUUAAUUGUCCUCUCGGUUAUCGCUCUAAUUGUGAUAUUUACAACCGGCUUUGUGUUCCUUUAUCGGAAAAUUGAUGGAAACAAUUAUUGUUCUUGGUGUCAUUAUCUAAGUUGCGUGCCUACACCUCUAUGGAGCUGCGAUCCGCAAUGUAAUUCGAUUCAAACAGGUAAUCAACUAAACUUGACAUGCUUGAACAAUGGAAAGUCGAAGCUGUAUAUUUUACCCAAUGGUGGCGAUCUUGACACAAGACAAAAACUUUGUUCAUUGCUUUAUUAUCGAAUCAUGGAAGAGGAAUUCUACAAUGCGUUUGCUACACCAGUUGCUCCAGUUACAGCUGCCGAAACAUUGUACAAUGAGAAUGAGACAGGAACUUAUCAGAAACCGCCAAAGCUUAUAUUGGAUAUAAAGAAAGACGACGAUGAAUGGGUUGAUAAACUAGCCGAUGCAUUACCACAGCAGAAAUGGGAAACUUAUUUGUUGAUCCUAAAACACAUGAGAAAAACUGAAAAUAUGAAUCUGGCACAGUUUAUUCAGAAGAUUGAAGAGCAUGAGUUGGAUAUACAGAAAACGACAAUCAUGAAGAAUCCAAAUGCUCAACAAGAUGUCAGUUUGUACUACAGAGGAUACAAAUUUGAAGUUACGACUAGCCCAAAGAUCCAAACGGGUUUCAGUGCUGAUAGUUCUUCUGGAACAAAAGGUAGUGCAGUGACUCAGAGUGGUGGAUCUUCGUCUUUAUAUUCAAGCUUUGAUCCAAACAUUACAACACCAAGUCCUCAACGAUAG